AUGAUCUUAACAACUGUCUGGUUUGCAUUGAAAAGAAUGCCACGUUCAACGACACAAAGUUCAACUUAUUCAUCAAUUUAUCUUAUUAAAUAUCAAUUUAAUAAAUCUUCAUCAUUAUAUCCAUUAAUUAAAUCAAAUUAUGCUAAGAAGAAUUUAACUGAUUAUGAAAGUUUAAAAGUAACAUCUGGUUAUAUGGGUAUUUGUGUUCAUUUGAAAGAUGAUAUAACAUGUACUUCAAAAUCUAAUGUAUCACAAUUUGGUCAAACUUCAAUUCCAUUAUAUACAAGUUCUUCAAAUUCAAGUUCAACUGAUAUUGAUUUAGUUAGAUUAGGAUCAGAAUUUUCAAAUGAAAUUAAUCAUCCAUAUGUUUUAAUUGCCACAAUUAUUUUGACUUUGAUUUUAUUUUUAACAUUAUUAUAUAUCACAGUUCCAGGAUUACCAAUGAAAACAAUUGUUAAUAAAAUUAAUCUGGUAUUAGCACCAGCUAUAACAUUACUUUGGGGUCUUGGUUCAAUGUGGGCUCAUGUCGCUCAACAUGCUGGUAAGAAUCUUGUUCAGAGUGCAAGUAUGGAUAUUGUUAUGGCACAUGUUGGUCGUAAAGCUGCUGCAAUGACUUGGACACCUUUUUCAUUUUUCUUAAUCAUAACAAUUGGUAUUGUUGCUUUGCAUUUAAGAGAUUUGAAAAGACAAAUUGAAGAAGUUGAUCCAAAAGUUUGA